AUGGAGGUGGAGAACCGGUACGUCGCCGUCAGGCACCACGUCGAGGGCUCCCCGUCGGUGGACGACUUCGAGGUGAAGGCGGAGACGGUGCGGUGGACGCCCGAGUCCGGCGAGGUCCUGGUCCGGAACAUGUACGUCUCCAUCGACCCCUACCAGCUCAACCGCAUGAAGCGCCAGAGCGCUUCCCACCACUCCGUCGACGUCAUCGUGCCCGGCGAGAGGAUCGCGUCGUACGGAGUCGGCGAGGUGGUGGCGUCGGCGUGCGAGGAGUACAAGGAAGGCGACGUGGUCGCCGGCAUGCUCGCCUGGGAGGAGCACAGCGUGUUCCGGCCGGAAACCAGCAUGCUCAUGUCCAAGGUCGACGCCUCCUCCGGCUUCCCCCUGUCCUACCAGCUGGGCGCGCUGGGGACGAGCGGCAUGACGGCGUACGGCGGGUUCUACGAGGUGUGCAAGCCGAAGGUGGGCGAGACGGUGUUCGUGUCGGCGGCGUCGGGCUCCGUCGGCAGCCUGGUCGGCCAGUUCGCCAAGCUCGCCGGCUGCCGCGUCGUCGGCUGCGCCGGCACGCAGGCCAAGGUGGACCUGCUCAAGGACAAACUGGGCUUCGACGACGCCUUCAACUACAGGGAGGAGCCGGACCUGAAGGCGGCGCUCAAGCGGCACUUCCCCGACGGCAUCGACAUCUACUUCGAGAACGUCGGCGGCGAGAUGCUGGAGGCGGCUCUGGCCAACAUGAACACCUACGGCCGGGUGGCCGUCUGCGGCGUCAUCGCCGAGUACACCGACCCCGGGCGGCGCGCCGUGCCGGACCUGCUGGAGGUGAUCUACAAGCGCAUCACCCUCCGGGGCUUCUUCGCCUGGGACUUCAUCACCAAGUUCCACGAGUUCACCGCCAUCAUCGGCGGCUGGAUCGAGGAGGGCAAGGUCCAUGUCAUCGAGGACGUCUCCGACCGGCUGGAGAGCGUCCCGUCGGCCUUCGUCGCGCUCUACCGCGGCCAGAAUGUCGGCAAGAAGCUCGUCAAGCUGGCAUAG